UGAAAUUUAAAAAUUGUACCAGUAAUUUAUGUCUUCCUUCCCCUCUCGUUUUUCCCAUGUCUUGGUAGGUAAUUUACGUUGCUCAUGUCCACAUGCUUUGUCUGUUAACCAGACAUAAGGCCAAGUGACGAGAUAGAGAAUUAUUUUAUGAAAGGGGAAACGUCCCCAACCUAACCGUCCAUAAUUAUUAGACAACAAAAACACUAAACAUCUGUACAAAUGCCCCCACUCUCACCUCACCUAUCAUUCCCAUUUCUGAUUAAAAAAAUCAUUCAUCUUUCUCCCACAAAUUUGCCCAAAAAACAGAGUUAGCCAACAUUUUUCUUUCUCUCAUGGUCAUGGAGAAUAGUUUCCUGGACACGAAAUGGAUGGCCACAGCGGGCAGCAUAUGGAUCCAGUGCACCAGCGGUGCUUCCUACACCUUCGGCAUCUACUCUUCCAUCCUCAAAUCAUCCCAAUCCUACGAUCAAUCAACUCUAGACACCGUUUCCGUCUUCAAAGACAUAGGCGCCAACGCCGGAGUCCUCUCCGGUCUCCUCUACGCCACCGUCACCACCCGCCGUAGCCGCUUCCUCAGUGGCCCCUGGGUGGUCCACGUGGCAGGGGCCAUCCAGUCCUUUGCUGGGUAUUUUCUCAUGUGGGCCUCUGUGGUGGGGUUGCUCCGCCGCCCGCCCGUGCCGCUGAUGUGCCUGUUCAUGCUGCUGGCAGCUCAUGCGCAGACGUUUUUUAAUACGGCAAAUGUUGUUAGUGGCGUGGAAAAUUUUCAGCUUUUUGGUGGGACCAUUGUGGGGAUCAUGAAGGGAUUUCUUGGUUUGAGUGGAGCAAUCCUAAUUCAAGUGUAUGAGACCUUAUGUGAGGGUGAUCCAACCACUUUUAUUUUGAUCCUUGCGAUCACACCCACUGUGGUCUCCCUCUUGCUCAUGCCUUGGGUAAAAAUCUACAGAAGUAGCACAGUUGAUGACAAGAAGCACCUGAACGGUUUCUCUUCCAUUGCUUUGAGCGUUGCUGCUUAUCUCAUGGUCAUUAUAAUAUUAGAGAAUAUUUUCACUCUACCCUUGUGGACGCGGAUAAUAACCUUCAUGAUUCUACUGCUUUUGCUUGCCGCCCCUGUUGGAAUAGCAAUCAAAGCCCACAGGGAUUCUGUGAGACUAUUACAAGCACCUCCCCCUGAAACAAGUCCUUUGAUGAAUGCCCCUGAGCCAAUGCCAUCAACCAAAUAUUCCCAACCACAAGACCCUGAGGAGUACCAUGAGAUCCCUGGUGAGCCAGGCCAAGCAAAGGAGGCUUCUUCUUCCAGUGACAACUCACUGGAGGAUGAAGAAGACAUCAAUCUCUUGCAAGCAAUGCUUAGUGUGAACUUCUGGUUGUUGUUCAUUGCUAUGAUAUGCGGAAUGGGUUCAGGUCUGGCUACAAUAAACAACAUUAGUCAAAUAGGUGAGUCUCUUGGUUACACAACCACCGAGAGAAGUUCUUUGGUUUCUUUGUGGAGCAUAUGGAAUUUUCUUGGGCGGUUUGGAGCAGGGUUUGUGUCGGAUAUAUUCCUACACAAAGGUUGGGCAAGGCCAUUGUUCAUGGUCAUUACUCUUGCAACAUUGACAUUUGGCCACUUGAUCAUUGCUUCUGGUUUUCCUGGCAAUUUGUAUGUAGGCUCGAUUGUGGUGGGUAUUUGUUAUGGUUCACAGUGGUCUUUGAUGCCUACCAUAACUUCGGAGAUCUUUGGUGUUAGACACAUGGGUACCAUUUUCAACACCAUUGCCAUUGCUAGCCCUGUUGGAUCUUACAUUUUCUCUGUGAGAGUCAUUGGGUAUCUUUAUGACAAGGUGGCAAUCGGUGAAGAUAACUCUUGCUAUGGCACUCGAUGUUUCAUGUUAUCAUUUUUCAUCAUGGCAUCCGUUGCUUUCUUUGGAUUUCUUGUUGCAUUUGCGUUGUUCUUGCAGACAAGGAGGUUUUAUAUGCAGGUUGUGCUUAGAAGAUUAAGGCGUUCUUCAUGAUCAUGGGAAGCAAUCACUAAAGCUUUGAAUGGAGAGCCCAGGAUUUAUAAGAUUGGCGAUGCUCCUUUUCUGGUUGUGAUUAUAAAUAUAUAAUUAAGUUGAUUAUUCUUUUGUCUGUUAGCAUUUUAUUAUAUGUAGUUUUUUCUUUUUUUGGGAGGAGAUUUGAGUGAGUAAAAGUCCGUAAUUGUGGGCUUUUCAUUUUUUUUUCUUUAACCAGAAUUUCAUCUGGUAAUGAAGCAAUCCUGUAACCUAUAGAAUAUAGUAUUACCAAGUUUAUACCAGCAAAGAAAUCAUAUAUUUUUCAUUUUUUA